UGUCAUUUUAAACAGACAGUGACUUCGGUGUCUCAGCUGAAAACCAACAAACAGACAACGAAAGAGUGACAUCUGAAUUGUGCAACAGGUGGCCCUGGUGGCCCUUUGGGUGUUCCUACACAGCUACAAUGACAAGAAGAGCAUAAAUGUCUACCUGGUCAAUCUCCUGACCGUUGACCUCCUGCUCACCCUGGCCCUGCCCUUCAAGGUGGCCAAAGACAUGGGUGUGGCACCCUGGGGCCUCAUGGUCUUCAACUGCUAGGUGAGAGCUGUGGUAAUCUACAUCAGCAUGUAUGUGUCCAUCUUCUUCCUCACCUUCGUCAGCGUUGACUGCUACAUGCAGAUCAGGUAUUAUUAUGGUUUUGAAACUGUCUUUUGAACUUAUUUUAAUGUUGUACUAUUGUUAAUUAUUGUGUAAGGAGUAUUAGCAUUUUUUUGGUUAAAUGUUUUGCUAGAAUUAGAGGCACUUUAAACAAUGACUGAUUUAUUGAUUGACCAGCCAGAGCUCCAGACUGUUCCGUAUACAGGAGGUGGGCUUCGCCAAGCUGAUGUCAGUGAUGGUGUGGCUACUUGUGCUCCUCAUCAUGGUGCCCAACAUGGCCCUGCCCAUCCAGGACGUCCCAGAGAGGAAGUUCCUGAGCUGCUCCAAGCUGAAGCAGGAGGUGGGACUCCACUGGCAUGGCCUCGCCGUCUUCCUCUGUACCAUCCUGUUCCUCAAAGCGUCCACGGCUGUCCUCGUUUCCAACGGUCUGGUGCUAAAGAGGUUGCUGGCGAGCAGGAAUGACCCUGAACAGUGGCGCCAUGCUCGCCGUGCCACCAUCAAUGUUACGGCGGGGACGGCAGCGUACGUGGUGUGCUUCGUGCCAUACCACGUGGUACGGACGCCCUAUACGCUAGCCCAGACCGAGGUCAUCACUCCAGACUGCCAGACCAAAAGGCACCUCUUCCUGGCCAAGGAGUCCACAUUACUGCUGGUGGUGCUGCAUCUCUGCCUGGAUCCUGUGCUCUACUACUACUUCUCCAAGACAUUCAGAAAGAGGGUCAGGGAGGUGUUCAGGAGUAGGAGGAGCAGGCGGGAUUCGAACACCAACCCAAGCCCUGACCCUGCGAGUGAAGACUUGAAGCUACAGCCAAUAACUGCCAAGGAGUAGGGGAGAGAGGGGGGUGACAGAGAUAAAGAAACAGAGAAUGACCGCCGUAUGAAAAACGUUUUACAAACCACUUUACAAUAGAGUAGCCUGUAAGGACUCGACAAAAAUGAUUCUUCGCUGUGAGGUGUUUUAUGCAGUCCCAUGAUGUUGUGAUGUUAUGACUGCAUUGUUUACAUUUCAUUGUUGCAUGAUCACACUGAAUAAAAGUACCAGUACCAU